GACUUCGAGCCCAUCCGCGUCGUCGGCAAGGGCGCGUCGGGCGCCGUGCUGCUCGUGCGGAAGAAGAGCUCGGGCGCCUUCUACGCCAUGAAGGUCAUGUCGAAGCGGGCCAUCUACGAGUCGAAGAUGGAGAAGUCCGCGCUCGUCGAGCGCGAGGUGCUGCUCCGCGUGCGGUCGCCGUUCCUCGUGAAUUUGAGGUAUUCCUUCCAGUCGCGCACGAAGCUCUACCUCGUGACGGACUUUUACGGCGGCGGCUCGCUCGAGGGCGCGCUGCGGCGCGAGGCCACGUUCCCGGAGCGGCACGCGCGGUUCUUCGCGGGCGAGCUGGCGUUGGCCGUGGACCACCUCCAGUCGCGGAGCGUGCUCCACCGCGACAUCAAGGCCGCCAACGUCUUGUUGGACACGGACGGCCACUGCUACCUCGCGGACUACGGCCUCGCGCGCCUCGGCAGCAGCGAGCGCGACGGCGCGCGGCGGUCCUUCGCGGGCACGCUCGAAUACAUGGCGCCGGAGACGAUCUCGAAGAACGGCACGGCGACGUCGGCCGUCGACUGGUGGGCCCUGGGCGUCCUGCUCUACGAGAUGCUCGCGGGGCGGACGCCGUUCUACGACGCGAAGCCCCGGGCGAUCUUCGAGAAUAUCCUGCGCGCGGAGCCCGCGGCGGACGCGCUGUCGCCGGCGGCCGCGGACCUCGUGCGCGGCCUCCUCGUCAAGGCGCCCGCGCGGCGCCUCGCGGCCCUCGCGGACGUGGCAAAAACGCCGUUCUUCGCGGCGCUCGACUUCGGCGCGCUCCGCGAGAAGCGGCUCGACCCGCCCUACGCGCCC